UAAGUAAACCCAUUUAUUGUAAUAUGAAAUAAUUAUGUUAAAUAAUUGUACUUAAUAAUAGUUAUAAAAUAUAUAAAGAUUUAUUGUUUGUGAAACGUCUGUACGACUGUUUAUGGUUUAGGAAUUGUGUAGAUUGGCUGAACCCUUGUUUCUGUACGUGCCGUAUUAGGAAAACGCCCACCAGCGACAGCUCGUUCUGAGUGAGACACGUCCACAAGCGACUCAUCGCCUGUUGCACAGGCGACACAGAGCGAUUUUAUCGCGUUCGGUGUGAACGUACAGUAAGCCGGACGACGCGGCACAUUAUAUUUAAAGUCCGCUAACUGCCCUGUACAUUGUUUACUUCCGUUCAGAGGCGAAGCUUAGACAUGAUGCUGACAAAGUGGGCGGAGCUGGACGCACUGGACGUCCAACUCCGCCUUCCUGCAGGCUGCAGUCAGUACCCUCUCAAAAUAACCGGAAAACAGCAAAAAUGAGCCGUGGAUACAGUUGCUUCAGGACGAGCAUGUUCGUUUGGCGAAUUUGAACUGACCUAGAGUACUGUCCCUGAAGUUGCUGCUGCUGGUAUAAAAACACAAUAGCAGCACUACUAUGGAGACGAAAUGAAUCUGUUCAUUCAUUUUAUCCUUAUCCUGGAAAGGCUUUCCACCGAAUGAACCAAAACCAAUAAGGAAAACGCAUCGAUACGUGAGCAUGAGGGUCGUCACGUCCUCUUCUGGUCAGGUUGAGACUGUGACUGUCAGGCGCACUGAGUCUUCUGACGCUGAACAGAUCUGUGAGCUGCUCAGUCCUACAGCUGCUGCUGUGUUCGGCAGAGUGAAUGUGAUCUAUCUUCUAGAGAAGGCUAAUUUGGCUGUGACUUUAAGUACAGCCAAAAAUCAAAUUCUUGCCCAUGCUGCUUUCUUGGACCACCCCAUCGGUGACCUGGUGGAUCAGGCCUCAUGGGAGGAGUUCCUUCAGAUCCAUUAUAACGGCGCAGCAUUCACACCUUUGAACACUCUCUUCAUGCAUCUAUUUGUGGCCCGGUCCAGCUUUGCUGCUGAAAGCGCUAAAGAGAUUAUAAGAACUGUCUUCAGUGCCAUCACUGAGCUGGAAUACAUAUGCCUGGUUACUCCCUACAGCAGUUGUCUUGAGCCAGCUUUGGAUGGCAUUUUUGAGCCCAUGCAUUGUGUUACUGAAGGGCUCCAGUGUGCUGCAUUUGUGUGCAACAGACACAACCACUGCCCAAGACUGCAUGUGCGCAAAGCCAGAGUGGAAGACCUUGAUGACAUCACCACUCUAUUAGUGGAGCAGACGAAGGCUCAGGCCAGCUCCUAUGGUCCAUACUUCCUGGCUGAUCUCAUUGAAGCUCAGGAUGAGACCAAUCAUGUGGCGGUCUGUGAGAAUGAAGGAAUUGCAGUGGGCUUUAUGAGUGUGAGUAGUGAAGUCAACCUGACACUGCUCAACCAGUGCUUUGAACUCAGCCCAUUUGAUGGAUUGCUGAAGAUAAACCCAGCUGAUCAGACCGAUGAAACAGAAGAGCCACAGCAGGACCAACCUACAGAGGAGAAUACUGAACAUCACUCUGAAAUCAUUCUCACACAAGAGAGCAAUGAGGUUCCUGCAGUAGAAGGUCCUGAGGAGGGGUCAGAGUGUGGUGCAGGAAUCUCAAGAGUGUCCUGUGGCACAUCCGAGACUGAACCCAUCAGAGCACACACAAAAGAUUGCACAGGAUCCAAUGUGGGCUCGGAACCAGCACAGUCUCCUAAUGCUUUCUGCAUCCAGCUCUUUGCCAUCGACAAGAGGUUUGAAAUGAGAUCAGUGGACUUCCUGCCUUACGUCUUUAAAGUGUUCCCAGAGAGGGAUUUUUGCAUAAUUUCUGUUCCUAAACUGGAUCCAGAGUUUCCUCUACUGCAGACUUUCCUCAGAGCAGCGCCUCGUCCUUUUAGCAAUCUGCCCCAGGAACUUUACAUCUUUCACCGCACUGGCCUUCUCAAGUCACUCCAAGUACGUGUGCCAGUGUGUGAUGACACGGUUGCAGUUCAGAGACUGGUUGAGAACCUCAGCCUUGACAAGGCUCUGAUGGAUGAUUUAGACAUGUUCUUAAAAGCUCGCAGAGACCCAGAUGGAACACCCAUUCAGGCAUUUGUAGUUGAAAUUGAAGAGCAAAUUGUUGGGAUAGUUCUAAUUAGAAAUGAACAGGACAUUGAGUACAUCCGAGCCAACUACAACAUUGAGAACUUUGUGUAUUUCAGUCAUUACCAGCUUGAGGAGCAUGGACAGCUCUGCCAUUUUGCACUACACCCCAAUUUCCAGCACUAUACCAAACACAUCCUGAAGGAGGUUCUCCGUCUGGCUCACAAAUCCUGCCUCUACUAUCUUGUUUACCCUACUUAUUGCAGCCAGCAGGAAAACAAUGCCUUUGUCAGCUACUUGACAGCAGCACUAAAGUGCAUGGUGCCAGUGCAGCCCCGCCGUCAAAUUAUUUACCCCCUAGAGGAGUUGGGCAUUAAUGCCCCAUCUACACUGAUCACCAAGCAGCAGGUUCCCUAUGCCCUAAACCACAUUAACAGAAAGCUCACAUUGGAACCCAAGGUUACCGUCAAUACCAGGAUUGUGGUGGUAGGAGCUUCUGACACUGGCAUAGCCUUCUUGGAAUCUCUUGUAUUUUGCCCCCAUCUUCAGUUCAACAACCUGACUCUCAUCUCCACUCAUGGUCUCCCAGACUGCCAGGGAACUGACAGCACAACCUUUCUGACUACAAGUCACUGCUACAGUGAGCGGGAUUAUGCUUUGCUCUCUCUGAGCUCCUGGGUCAGCGUGGUCACUGGCAAGAUGACGGCCAUUGACCGAACUGCCAAACAUGUGCAGGUCAGCGAGGGCAGGGUCGUUCCAUAUGACCAUCUUGUUCUGUGUACUGGACAACAAUACCAGAUACCCUGCCCUACUGGAAUAGACAUCAGUAAAUGGAGCUCGACCAGCCAGGAGCCAGAUAAGCCCAGAUGCAGAAAAUACACCGACCAUGUUCCUUCCAACUUCUUCACUCUGAAUGACCAGCACGACUGCACACAGGCCUACAACUGGCUGCUGGAGAACUUUAUUGAGCAGGAUGGUAACGCAGUGGUAUAUGGAGACUCCAUUGAUAUGUACAGCUGUGUGGAGACACUGUUGUGUUUGGGUGUGAGAGGUUCCAGGAUCCACGUGGUUCAUACGCCAGCAGAUAAACCACAAAGCAGCUUCAAGAACUCUGCCGUGGACCAGGCGGUCCGGAGUGCUCUGCAGAAGAAAGAAGUGCAUGUACAUCACGGCUGUUUGUUGGCUCAGUUGAAUGAUGGACAGCACCCUGAGCCACUCACAGCAGUGUCCUUUACCACUGACGGACCACCCCUCAGACUGGAGUGUGCGGUCUUCUUUAACUUCUCCUGUAAAGGUGUAGACUUUGACGCCUUCAAGGCCAUCAAUGAUGCCUGUUUGGUGUUUGAUGGCCGUCUGGUUAUUGACACAGCUUUCCACACAAAUGACUGCGCCAUUCGAGCCGCUGGACCCUUAACCAAGUACUCCCGCCGUUACUAUGCUGACCAGUGGAGUCACACUGACUUCAACUCAAAGGAGGUGGGUCAGGAGCUAGUGUCUGUACUGCUACCCUUUUUUGACCCCACGCUGGAGACUCCCAACAACCCUGCGCCUGCUGAAGACAGACUCAUACCCAUCCACACUCAACCCAAGAUUCGAGGUGGAAGGUUGCCAGGUGGUUACAGUUAUCUUCAUGUUGCAAAACCCUCAAUCUACACCAACACAGCUCCUUCAGCAGAUAGAUCAGGCCGAGAGAUGGUGACUGGACGUGUUGAGACAGGAAACUACUUUCACCUGCAGUUUAACACACACGGCCUGCUGGAGGCUUUCACCUGCCUGUCUCACAGAACACUUCCUGUCUCCAACUACCUCUGCCUGUACGGAAAACACCAGCUGCUCCUCAACCACCUGUACAUGCGCUUCGACCAGGACCUGAUCCACGACCUGUACAGCUAUUUCAGGGAGACGUGGUGCAUGGCCAUUUUUCAUGAUCGCUUUGCUGAUUUUGAGCAGGAAGUGCGUCAGAUCAUGGAAUCCACAACUAAAGUCCAGGUGGACCUGGACUUGGUGUCCAUUCCUAAACUUGCUGAGAUGAUAGUGUAUGGUACAUUGGUGGCAGCAGAAGAGCCAAGACUGUACUUAAACCAGAUGUUUAAGAACAGUGAAGGACCAGAUGCCCUAAAGAGAAGUGUUCUGGAUUACCUGAAGUACAACAGAUAUCAUCUCCCCAUGUACGCUCAAGCGAGAUUACUGUAGUACUGCAGUCACUACAGACAACAAAAACAUGUUACGUUACUUUUUUUAUCUUUCUUCCUAAAAUAUUACCUCUAGAAAUGUAGAAAUACCAUUUACAUGUAAUGCUUUAUACCCAUGCUAGGCUUAGUUAUGUAGAGUAAAUAAUUCAAUUAACAUUUCCAUUCAUCUGCAUUCUAUAUCCACAGUUUUCCCCUAGCAGUUUCCUGUUUGUUUCUGUGUCAAACAUUAUUUUUUUCUUUCUGCAAAACCAAAAACAAAACUGUGCACAGAACAAUACUUUUUUUUCAUCAAAUUGUGGUAUAGAUCAAAAAUAGCUUGUGUAAAUACACUUUCCAUCUUAAAACUAUUUUAAGGUGUGAGGAUGGUCAAAAUUUGCAAUACAAAUAAAAAAAGCUUUGUGUUUUA